AUGAAGUUUUUCAUUUUCUGCUUAUUUUUUGGACUUGGAUUUGGGUUGCGCUAUGUCAAGCCGAACAUGAUGCUUGAUAUUUGGAAGAAAGUGAAGAUUUCGGUGGAUUGCAAACAAAAUAUGGCAAGGGCUCUGGCAAACCCUCCAACUCCAAUUGAACGAGCGAAAAUUCGAAAAGAAUGCGAAAAUAAGAUGCUUUGA